GGCACUCAGUGACACACAGACACUCACACACUCCUCUUGUCAGUCACACAGUCAGUGCGUCCAAUAUUUGUGUGUGUGUUUGUGUGUGUGAUGUUGACAAGCGCUCAUCCUUCAUCUCUAUGACUGACGGACUAGAAAGACAGACAAAAGGACAGAAGGAAGCCCAGUUUGAACAAGAGGAAGCCCCCUAAGUCAGUCUACUUCCUGUCAACCCCCCGCUGCUGUCUAUGAGCCGCUCUGAGGCGCUGUGUUGGAUUUCCCGGCGUUCCUGACAGCACCAGAAAGCCUGAGGAAGCAUCAGCGGAAGACACCAUGUCCUCGCCUUCCCUCCCCAUGGCGUCCCUCCCUCCGAGCCCGCUGGCCAUGGAGUACCUCAACGACUUUGAUCUCCUCAAGUUCGAGGUGAAACCCGACACGCCCCCGCUCUCUGCUCAGUGCACGUACCCCAAAUCUGGCCUGCCCCACGACCCCUCCAGCUCGCCGUACGCCGGCCAUCCUCCCCAGGACUCCAGUUUGAGCUCCAGCCCUUACAACUCGCUGCCGCCCUCACCGACACUCAGCGACGCACAACCGCCGCCUUCGGGCUCGUCCUCCCUGUCUUCGUCGUCCUCCUCCAUCUCCUUCCCGCUGUCCAUGUCCAACAGCUUCACGUCGGGCGUCAGUUCCGGCUCCCAGGGGAACGGAGACGGCAGCCCGGCCCACGGCGGGCCUCAAGGCCCCACCCCGGCCUCGCUGGAGGACCUCAUCUGGUUUGCGGCGCUGCAGCAACAGUUUGGAGGGGAGGUCACAGGGCCCGCCUCGCUUCUGGGCGCACUCGGGGGUAGUGGCGACAGAGAGAGGGCGCCGGUCAACGGCUUCCUGGGCUGUGAGGACGCUGUGGAGGCUUUGCUGAACUCGGCUGCGGCCGCCGUCACCUCACAGUUUCCAGGUCUUUCUCAGAGUUCCAGCAGCAACAUGGGAGACUCGGGAAGCGACAGCGGUGCCGACGUGUCCUGCGCCAAGGGGACAGACGUGGGCCACCGCCCGCUCGUCUUCCUGUCCUCAAACACUCCUUUGCUGCCCAACGCCACCGCCGCGUCGGCAGCCUACCAGCAGCCCCUAAGCCCUCAGGGCCGCCUCGUCCCCCUCCCGCAUCACCACCAUCAUCAGCACCACCUUCACCACUCCAUGCAUGGCGGCCAUCACCAUCAUCAUCACCCACAAUGCGGCGCGAACGAGCGCUUCUCCGACGAGCAGCUGGUGAGCCUGUCGGUCCGCGAGCUCAACCGCCACCUGCGGGGCGUCAGCAAAGACGAGGUGGUGCGCCUGAAGCAGAAGCGACGCACCCUCAAGAACCGCGGCUACGCCCAGUCCUGCCGUUACAAGCGCUUACAGCAUCGCCACGCACUUGAGUCGGAGAAGCACGUGCUAAGUCAACAGCUGGAACAGCUACAGUGUGAGCUGACUCGGGUGCUGAGGGAGCGAGACGCCUACAAGGCCCGGUACGAGAAGCUCCUUGGCAACAACAACCUUGGCGCUGGGGAGGCCCCGAUCGGCCGCGGCGGCAGCCCGCCUUCGCCGUCGCCCGACUUCUUCCUCUGAGUGCAGAAAAGAUGGGAUAGGAGGAAAACGAACUGUUGGUUUUAGUUGGGUUGAACUCAUCUCUAGGCUGCUUUUUGGACUACACUGUGAAUGACCGUUGCACUUGCUCGGACAGGAAGACACCUUUUAUGAGCAAAAGUCUUGGGACACAUCUCUUAAGCAAACAGGGGUUCACAGUAAUAAUUCACCUAAGUAGGGUUGGGCGAUAUAGACGAUACAAAUGAGAUAAUUAUGGCCGAUGAUAGGUUUUAAUAUAUCGUGAUGAUGCAUAUUGACGACACAUCCUAGCUGUGUUACGCGAAUUCGACAGCGACAAUGUAGCAUUCUUGCUAGAUUGCUAGAGGCUAACGUCCCUCCACAGUGCAAAGCCACUUCUAAGUCAGUAAUACAAAUAAACUAAGUUUCUUACGUGUAUCAAUAUCACUGGAAGACGAGGAAUAGCUAAACAUGCUACACUAGACACCGUAGGAAGAUAUGCUAACAUUUAAGCUUGAGUUCUUAAAUGUAAACAUUGGUGGGUGGAUGGAUACAAAUAUCGACAGUAACAAUACCAAGUAUAAGAUCAGGAUAUGGCCGAUACUACAAGGGUUAUAUUGAUAUUUUUUAUUGUCAAAUAAAUAAUUGUUUUUGUUAUUAUUUACAAACUCAGGAAAUAGGUUCCCUGACACAGGAGGACUUUAAGAGAUAAAAAACUAAGGAUUCAAAUCAGAGCCAAUAGUAAGAAACAAGGACAAUUAAUAUUAUUCAAACCACCAUCCUGUGUUUUUGUCUGAUUAUAAUUGUGAUCAAAAAUUUAAUCAUUCAAUAAUCUUGUCAAUUUUAAGUGUCAGUAAACCCAAAUUUGUAGUAUCAGCCAAAACUAAUGUAAUGUAUCAGAGCAACAGUAUAAUAACCAAAUAUGAACAGUAAAUUAACAAGUAGAUUAAUAAUACAGCUGGAAAUUAUGCAAUAUGUUACCACUUAUGUCAGCAGCCAAAUUAGGAGCCUUUGUAACAGCUUUGAAAUGGCUCUACAGUAACAAGGGAAUUCACAUGGCCCCAUUCGUCGCGGUUUACCUGACACAUGAAACGUGACAAAAUGGGGUGUGUGCACUAUCUGCUUUAGCCGCCAGACAGCAGUAGACUGUUGAAUAUCUUAAGAUGCGUUUUGUGGCAAUUCCAACUUUGACCACAGCGUCAGUUGCUACGUAACGGGGCAAUUUCCAUCAUUUUCAUCAGACUGCAUUGCAAAAUAAUGUACACCUCCUCUUCUUCUCACACGAGUGGGGCCAUAUGAAUCGCUUCCCUACUGUAUUAUAGCUGAUAUACCAAAUAAUACAUUGUGAUAUAUAUCAUCGUAUCGCCCAUCCCUACACCUUAGAAAGACAUUUUGGAGAAUUGUCCAUAACAUUCUUCUGGAUAAAUGGGCGGAAAUUCACCCACAAAGCUUUAGAUUUUCUUACAUAUCUCAACACUUUUUCCCCGUAGAGCGGUAUAUAAAAUGGUUUUUAUCUUGCAAUAACACUGCUCAGCAUUUUAUCUAUGCAACCUUCUCUUUGUGAUACGCCUGCAAUAUAAUACAAUAUAGUCUCUAAAGGCUGAGGCUGGGGAAAUGUAGUUGUUAUUUUUUAAAAUACUGUACAAGAGGCUGCAGAGAUGUGAUUAGUGCAGUGGUUUGGUCGACACAUUAAUAUAUAUAAAUAUAUACUGUACACGGUUGUUUGCCAGCUAAUAUUUCACAGUUGCCUACCUAAGUGUAAACAGCUCACAUUGUCAUUUCUUUUGUAAGAUGAAUCACGGCACGUUGAAGAAUGUACAAGGUUGAUGGCCAUUCUUCCAUUACAAUGGGACAGUUGUGCUUGUUUUUUUUAUGCAAAAACAACACCAAAGUAUGUGUUUUGAGCAAGUGGGGUGAGUUCUGCUGUUUGCUUGUGGGUUUUAAUAUACAACGAGCUGCUAGUUGAGGUGUGCUGUAAUCUAAAGGCGAGGGGAACCCCAUCACAGCAGAGUGUGCUUUGUGUGCUGGAGUCUACUUCUAAGCUAGAAUGUGGCACUGCUGUGGGCUACAUCAUCAUCAUCAUCAUUAUAGUAGUCAUAAUUAUAAUAAUAAUAAUGAGCAACAUUGCAGGGAAAUUAUCAAUUCAUGGAGACAUCCCUCCUAAUUGUCCCAUGAAGGCUUUACCAGAGUUUAUGCAUUAGAGCUAUUUAUUUUUGUUUUGGGUGUAUUUAUUCAUUUAUUUAUUCAGUAUUAUUUAUUUAUCUGCAACAAUUCUAAUUCACUCAUUUCUAUCCCAUUAGAGUGCAUUUGACAUAAGUUUUUUUUUUUUUGUGGUAAUAUUAUCAUUAAAAAAAUAAACAAUGAUGGCCAUUAGGGAGGGUUCCCGCUCCUACUGUAGUGUGGUUUCACAUGAAAUAAACUUGACAGACUUUACCAUA